UUUUUUUUUUCUUUCUUGUGCUUCUUCUUUUCUUUGUUUAUUUCUUCUGAUAUCGUUUUAACACAUAAUAGGAUGUCAUUUGUACAACAUGAUACAUUAUACGAUGUCGAAAGAAAGAGUUCAGCAGCGACAACGUUAUGUUCACCCUCUGUGCAAGGAUUUACAAAGGCUUCCACUGUUUCAUCCAGACGAUCCUCAUCCACACCUUUAGCAGAUCGGUUUAUGUCUUUUAACUAUGCUACAGAAGUUACAAACCAAGAAGAAAAGAUAAUAAUAGAGAUAGAAGCAGCAGAUAACACAACCCCUGAAUACAGCAGUCAAAAUGAUCGUCUAUUGCUUACACCACCUCCUCUUUUCUUGCCCUCACCAGAACCAAUUGAGUCAUCUAGUGUAGAAGAAGAGGAUGAAGAUCACUUACCUUUAAAAAAACCACCUCCUCGAAAGAAAAAAUCACCACACCAUUGUUGUUGCUCCAAAAACACGAGUUAUCCUUCCAAUAAAUGCAGUAAGACGCAUAAUCAUAUGUGGGAGGGUCAAGAACAAAAGAAAAAAAAGAACCCUAACAGAGUUCAGCCUGUAGUCAUGAAUAACACUACAGCGAUAGAGAUGGAAAAGGCAACAAUACAAGAGCCGCCACGUAAGUGGCUUCGAGGUGGUUGCUGUUUUGUCCGGAAAGAAGGUGGUCGAGGACACUGUUUCUUUUUUUGUGGAAGACGUGAAUGGGUGAUGAUUACUUUUAUAUCUGUAAUUCUUUCAUUUGUAUUAGCCUUUAUUUUUUGGCCGCGUAUACCAUUAAUACGAAUUGAAGGGGCCAUGAUGACUGUGCCAACCAAUAAGGUCACACAAACACAGCAUGGUACCGAGAGAAUGAUGAUGAGCAAUGUUGCAUUUGAAAGUGUCUGGCUAUUAAACAUCACCAUGGAUAACAGAAGAAAUUAUCUUUCAACAAGAUUCAAUCGCAUACAGAUCAUUGCCAAGGACGCAUUGACAGGACUAUUGAUUGGCAAGGGACAACCCGAUGGUAAUAGUGAUAUUUACAUACCCGGACAGACUAUAUCAACUAUUCAAUUACCCAUUUCUGUCAAUUAUCAAGCCAGAGAUCGAUCGGAUACUACCUUUUCGAACCUUUUAAGGGCUUGUACAAACACAACAGAGAUACAACAACAUCAUUCACUUUCGAUACAAUUUUGGUUCACUUUAUAUAUAUUUGGUUUAGACUGGCUUGGUUAUAAGCCAUCUGUAAUUGCUACACCCGCUACCGGAGGCUUCUUUUGUCCUUCCUAAUAAAAAUAAUUAUUAUUAUUUUUUUCUUGUAUUAUUAGAAAAUUUGAUUGUCAUAGGUUGAUUGUUUGUCUCCCCUCAUUUAAGCUUUUUUUAGUGGGGGUCCCUUUCCCUUCCUUUUUUAUUUUAGGUGGAAAAGUAAAAAAAAUGCUAUUUUUUAGUCUUUUUGUUUAUAUUCUUUUCUUCUUCCUUUUAUUUUUUUUAUUGGCAAUGAU